AUGCCUCGCCCUAACACUCUCGCAAGUGACCUAAAGUUGGUUAUCAAUGACCCUCGAUACAGCGACAUAAAAAUAAAAUGCUCUGAUGGAGAACUCCACGCCAGCCGUAUCAUUCUAGCGGCUCGGUGUCGCUACUUUAAUCAAAUGAUAUAUGCACCGGAAGAUACCAACCAGAAUUCAGAAAUCAAUUCGUUCAUACGACGAUUCUCUGAAGGAAUCAAAGUCGACGAUUCCGAAAUCGUACUAGGAGAGCUAACAACAGCGGCCAUGAAAAUCGUGUUAGAAUUUAUAUACACCGAUUCGAUCGAAAAGGACUCUGUUACUGUCGACACUUUGGUUGAUAUAUUCUACGCUGCGUAUUAUGUUGGACUUGAUGAAUUACAAAAGACAAUUAUUUCGAUUGCCAAAAAACGGAUACGCAAUAAAAGCAUGAACGACUUGGCAUUGCUGCUAUCCAAGGCUGUAGCGACAUUGGGUAGUUCUCGAACCAAUAUGCUCUACGAUCUCUUGCUGGAGCAUCUCGGCAAGAAAUCUCUAGACCAAAUCACUUAUAGUAAUAUCACAGUAGAUGCUUUGUUGGUUUUGAUGAAGGUGACUGGAGGGAAUGCAAAGUUUACAUUCGUGACGUCGGAAUAUGCGCUGCUUCGAUACGUUAUAUUGCAUACGGCGGCUCGAACGUCCGACUCGAUAUUCGAAUUGUUGCGAUCUCGGUUACCUACGCAAGCAGCGUUGAAAAAGCUCGACGAUUCUGAAAAGCAACGGGUGGUUGAAGGUGUUUCGUUAGAAAUCCAAGACUUGCAAAAGGUUAAUGAUCAGAUACAGCAGUUUAUACCUUUGAUUGAUUUACGGAGAAUCGAAGUCAGCGUUGUUGCCAGUUACAUCGAACCUCUUGGUAUAAUAUCAGCAGACGUUAUCAAUCAGUUGUAUCGAUAUUAUGCACUAGGCAAUAUUCCAUUACCGCAGAUGCGUGAUGGGAUGAUUCUGCAGUGGGAUCCAAAGCAUUGUGGUGAUGGCCUUGAUAUUGCCGAAGACGGGUGCGUCGUAGUGACAGCCCCUAAUACAAAGACUAGACCUUCUAUUCGAGCCAACAAGUUGUUUUACGGAUCCGAGGUGUAUGAGUGGGACAUAAUUGUCGAACAGCCAUGUAACUACGUAUGGAUUGGCGUUGUUAGCGCUGAGUGUGUUGAUUUCAAUGGGUUCUUUGGUACAAGUGCCCAUGGGUGGGCCAUUGGAUCUAACGGAUACAAGUGUACGAACAAUGAAUACAAUAGAUAUGGGCAGCCUUUUGGAAAGGGAGCAAUCGUCACGGUACAUCUAGACCUGAACAACAAGAAAAUUUCAUUUACGAUCAAUGGAUACGAUUAUUCUGCUGCAUAUUAUACUCUUCCUGGCCGUCUUUAUCCUGCUGUUUCCAUAGAUCAUCCGGGUCAGUUGAGGAUUAGACCGCAUAAAAUUAAAAGUAAAAAGUGA